AUGCAGCCCACGGGAUUGGCUGGUGAAAAUUUUGAUCCGAAUACGCCAAAAGAAGUAAUUUUUAACUUGUUUGGUUCUAAAGGAGUUAGAACUAAUGGUAAAUCAAUUCUUGGUCCUGAAAAAACCUAUGAUCCCAUGUACCCCAGGUGGUACUUCAGAACGCCCAAGAAAUUUGACGCGAGAAAAUACUGGCGCCACUGCAAAACGAUAGGCACAGUCCGCGAUCAAGGAAACUGUGGUUCUUGUUGGGCUUUUGGCACCACCGGGGCAUUUUCGGACAGACUGUGUAUAGCGUCAAAAGGAAAAUACAAUCAACUCGUGUCCACCGAAGAGCUAACGUUCUGCUGUCGCAAUUGCGGUUACGGAUGCAAUGGAGGCCUCCCGAUCCGAGCUUGGUUAUAUUUCAGAAGUCACGGCUUGGUGUCCGGCGGCGACUACAAUUCAGCCGAAGGAUGUCAACCGUACCAAGUUGCACCUUGUCAUCACCAUACAAAAAUAGAAGGCUCGUGUGACAGCCUUCCAAGAGAAAAGAAUCAUAAAUGCAUCAAAAAGUGUUACGGCAACAAAACGAUCGAUUAUAACAGUGAUCACGUGAAGACUAAAGACGCGUAUUACCUUUCAUUCGGCGCUAUUCAAAAUGACGUACUAACUUACGGGCCAGUCGAAGCAUCGUUCUUGGUAUACGACGAUUUUUUGCACUACAAAAGUGGUGUUUACUCAAAAACUGAGAACGCGACAUUAUUAUCAGGCCAUUCUGUUAAGUUAAUUGGCUGGGGAGUCGAAGAUGGUGUAGACUAUUGGUUAAUGGUGAACUCAUGGGGCCAUGAGUGGGGACAGAAUGGGCUUUUCAAAAUACGAAGGGGCACAAAUGAAUGCGGAAUCGACAAUUCAACUACCGGAGGUGUACCUUAUGCCUAA